AUGGACAAUUACUUGAAGGCACGUGAAUUUUUCGAAAAAGCAAAUAAAAUAUUCGAAAAGGCUAUUCCUUUGAACCCCAUCUCAUUGGCUAAUUCCCACAGUAACAUCGGAACGGCGUACUAUGGUAUGAGUAACUACUCGAAAGCGCUUGAAUUUUACGAAAAAGCACGUCAAACUUGGGAAAAAAGUCUGCCUCCAAAUCAUCCUGACUUAGCUACUUCAUAUAACAACAUUGCCACCGUAUACGACAACAUGAGCGACUACUCGAAAGCACUUGAGUAUUACGAAAAAGAUUUGAAAAUCUCGAAAAACACUCUGCCUCCGAAUCAUCCCGCAUUGGCUACUUCCUACAACAACAUUGGUCAAGUGUAUAAAAACUUGGGUAACUACUCAAAAGCAUUUGAGUAUUACGAAAUAGCGCAUCAAAUCAAUGAAAUAGCUCUGUCCCCACAACAUCCUGAUUCAGCUACUUACUACAAUAAUAUUGCUGCACUGUAUCACAACAUAGGUAACUACGUGAAAGCGCUAGAAUUCUAUGAAAAAUCUCAUAAAAUACUAGAACAAUCACUACCGACCAGUCAUCCCAACGUGGGUGCUUCAUACAACAACAUUGCUUUAGUGUAUGACAACAUGGGUAAUUACACGAAGGCACUUGAUUUUUACGAUAAAGCACUUAAAAUCAAAGAAAUAACUCUACCUCCAAAUCACCCUUCAUUUUCUAAUUCUUACAACAAUGUUGGUUCAGUGUAUGAUAACAUGGGUGACUACGCAAAAGCACUUGAAUUUUACGGCAAAGCACUUAAAAUCAGAGAAAUAGCUCUGCCUCUGAAUCAUCCCAAUCGGGCUACAUGCUACAACAAUAUUGGUACGGUAUAUUACAGCAUGGGUGAUUACUCAAAAGCACUAGAAUAUUACGACACAGCGAAAACAAUCUUGGAAAUAGCUCUACCUUGCAAUCAUCCCGGUUUGGCUACCUCUUAUGCAUGUAUUGGUGUGGUGUACGAUGAAAUGGGCGACUAUGUCAAAGCACUUUCAUAUUUGGAAAAGACACUUGCCAUCCAGCAAAAAUCACUCCCACCAAAACAUCACUCGAUUAAAGAAACGAUAGACACUAUUAACGAUGUGAAAAAGAAGUUGUGGAGAGCAUCGAACGCUUUGUACACAAAACGAAGCUAA